AGCCUUUCAUAUCAUCUUCUUCUUCUCCUAAUCUGGACUGAGCCAUCGACCACCAUGUGGAAUGAUAAUGCAUCCUUGCUCAAGACAUUAAACCACCUGCGAUCGCAGUUCACAACACGAAACUUCCGGUGUGAAGCAUUCCCAACAUACCCUCGAACUUACGACAUGGUGCAUGCUGAUGGUCUCCUCACUCUAGAAGGUUCCCAGCGCAGAUGUAAUACUUUCGAUAUUUUUGUUGAGAUUGAUCGAAUUCUUCGGCCCGAGGGAUGGGCAAUUUUCCGAGACAAAGCAACCGUAAUCGAGUCAAUGAGACCGCUUGUAGCACGACUCAAAUGGGAAGCUCGAGUUAUCGAAAUCGAGAGUAACAACGACGAGAAGCUCUUCGUCUGCCAAAAGCCUUUCUUCAAGAGGCACACAAGUCAAUGAGAGAGAUUCAAAAGUCAACAACUAUGAAGCCUUUAAGGGUUAAGCUACUUGUGAUUAAAACAUUGAUUCAUUAUACCACGACACAAAGUCAAAUAGAGAGAGAUUCAAGAAGUCAACAGGUUUUUGGAACAAGAAGAAGAGAAAAGUUCAGUAUACAAUAUAUUUUCAUCAUUAGUUUGAAGCCAAAGGCAACUUAUAGGGCCCUUGUAAUUACGCGAUUUGAGGCAUUAAUUUCAAGUACAGGGUGAAAAAAAUGCGUUCUGUACUCUUUUGUCUCGUUUUUUUUAAGUUAUACGGACUAGCAGAAUAAGGAAAAGAGCAUCUGCCGCAGUAUAUAUAUAUGAUACUGCGGCAGUAUAUAUUCAUUGUAGAAAGCUUUAUUUAAAAGGAAUUCAUUUAGUAA